AUGUCAGGUCAUGGUGGAUGGCCUAUGACUGUCUUUCUUACUCCGGAUUUGGAUCCAAUCACGGGCGGUACGUAUUUCCCACCAAAGGAUUCAAUGGGAGGCAUGGGCUUACCAUCAGUGCUGAAACUCGUGACUAAAAAUUGGAGCGAUGCUCGCGUACGUGAGUCUAUGGGUGGACAAGGAAAAAUGAUAACGGAAGCCCUAAGUAAAGGCUCCUUCUACAGUCAUGGCGAUGCACCUCCAAUAGAGCCUGUAAUCCAUGGUGCAUUCAAGUACAAAGUUUCCAAUUUCGAUGAGAAGUACGGUGGAUUUGGUAGCGCUCCGAAAUUUCCCAAAGCUUGUGACCUGGAGUUUUUGGUCAAUCACUGCUCCUGGACAAAAGAGGAUUCAGAGCGGGAGUUGUGCCGCCAUAUGCUUGACGUCACUUUUGACGCCAUGAUCCGUGGUGGAAUUCACGACCAUAUUGGAAAGGGAUUCCAUCGAUAUUCCGUAGACAAGGAGUGGCACGUGCCACACUUUGAAAAGAUGCUGUAUGAUCAAACUCAACUGCUCGCCGUCUUCGCUGAUGCGUGCUUCGUUUGUGGUGAUAAAUACAAGAGUGUUGUCGAGGAUAUUGCACAAUACAUGGAAGAAUGUCUUUCCCAUCAGGAAGGAGGAUUUUACGCAGCCGAGGAUGCUGAUUCGCUACCGACGGCUGAGUCCCCAAAAAAGAAGGAAGGCGCUUUCUGUGUGUGGGCAUACGACCAGGUUAAAGAACUUCUGAAGGAUCAGAAAAUUGGUGAUCAUGAUGCUGCUGAGGUGUUUUGUGACUACUACGAUGUCGAAAAAAAUGGAAAUGAUCCUCAUCAUGAGUUAACGGAUCAGAAUGUGCUACGCAUACGAAAACCCUACGACCACUACGAAAAAAAGUACGGCGUCACUCCUGAAGUUCUCAAUGAGGGUCUUAAUAAAGCUAAGGUAAUUGCUAGUCUUCAUUUUUUACCGCUUGUUUGCGCGCUAUAA